AUGGCCGAUAAGGAUUACAAAGUCAGACGCAUUUUGUCAGAAGAAAAAGGAGGUGCUAGCGGACUUCGAGGUAGCUCUGUCCAAUAUCUGAUUGACUGGGAACCUAGUCUUGUGGAUGCCAGAGAUGUGAGCAACGACGCAAGAGAAUGUUUCAAAUUUUCAGUUGUGGUACAAGGCCCAUGUGAUCUUGAAGAAAAUGAAGAAGUCAGCAGUGAGAUCUUGGAACAAGACUGGAUUGUGCUAAAGGUGGAAAAGGCUAAUCCUAAGAAUGUAACUGCUUUGCGACUCGAUUACCAACGUCUUCGAGCAGAGUACCCUCAAGAACUCAUUCAAUACUUCGAAAGUCAUGCUUGUGUUUAA